UCCCCCGGCGGCAGCGGCGGCGGCAGCAGCAGAGCCCACUGUCCGGGCCCCGAUGAGUAACUCCCGGAAUAACCGGGUGAUGGUGGAAGGGGUCGGGGCCCGGGUAGUGCGCGGCCCGGACUGGAAGUGGGGGAAACAGGACGGCGGCGAGGGCCAUGUGGGCACUGUCCGGAGCUUCGAGAGCCCCGAGGAGGUGGUGGUGGUGUGGGACAACGGCACCGCCGCCAACUACCGCUGCUCCGGGGCCUACGACCUGCGCAUCCUGGAUAGCGCACCCACGGGCAUCAAACACGAUGGAACCAUGUGUGAUACCUGCCGCCAACAACCUAUCAUUGGCAUUCGAUGGAAAUGUGCGGAAUGUACAAAUUAUGAUUUGUGCACAGUUUGUUAUCAUGGAGAUAAACAUCAUUUAAGACAUCGCUUUUAUAGAAUUACUACACCUGGAAGUGAGCGGGUUUUGUUAGAAUCCCGUAGAAAAUCUAAGAAGAUUACAGCCAGAGGAAUCUUUGCAGGUGCCAGAGUGGUACGAGGAGUAGACUGGCAAUGGGAAGAUCAAGAUGGUGGAAAUGGGCGUAGGGGAAAGGUAACUGAAAUCCAGGACUGGAGUGCAUCAAGCCCACACAGCGCAGCAUAUGUUCUUUGGGAUAAUGGUGCUAAGAACCUUUACAGAGUUGGCUUUGAGGGCAUGUCUGAUCUGAAGUGUGUCCAGGAUGCCAAAGGAGGUUCUUUCUACAGAGAUCACUGCCCUGUUCUAGGUGAGCAAAAUGGUAACAGGAAUCCUGGUGGAUUACAGAUUGGUGACCUGGUAAAUAUAGAUCUUGACCUAGAAAUUGUGCAGUCUUUGCAGCACGGCCAUGGAGGAUGGACUGAUGGCAUGUUUGAGACUUUAACUACAACUGGAACCGUUUGUGGCAUUGAUGAAGAUCAUGACAUUGUAGUACAGUAUCCAAGUGGCAAUAGGUGGACUUUCAAUCCUGCUGUUCUCACUAAAGCAAAUAUUGUCCGAAGUGGGGAUGCUGCUCAAGGUGCAGAAGGAGGCACUUCCCAGUUCCAAGUUGGUGAUCUUGUACAAGUUUGUUAUGAUCUGGAAAGAAUUAAACUUCUCCAGAGAGGACAUGGAGAAUGGGCUGAAGCUAUGCUUCCGACUUUAGGUAAAGUUGGCCGAGUACAACAGAUUUAUUCAGACAGUGAUUUAAAGGUGGAAGUUUGUGGAACAUCUUGGACAUACAACCCAGCGGCCGUUUCCAAGGUGGCAUCUGCAGGAUCAGCCAUUAGCAAUGCAUCUGGUGAGAGACUCUCCCAACUCCUGAAGAAAUUAUUUGAAACCCAAGAAUCUGGUGACCUCAAUGAAGAAUUAGUUAAGGCUGCUGCCAAUGGAGAUGUUGCUAAAGUGGAAGAUUUGCUAAAAAGACCAGAUGUGGAUGUAAAUGGGCAGUGUGCUGGCCACACAGCUAUGCAGGCUGCUAGUCAGAAUGGACAUGUUGACAUUUUGAAGUUACUUUUGAAGCAAAAUGUGGAUGUAGAAGCAGAGGAUAAAGAUGGAGAUAGAGCAGUUCACCAUGCAGCUUUUGGAGAUGAAGGUGCUGUUAUAGAAGUACUGCACCGAGGCAGCGCUGAUUUGAAUGCUCGCAACAAGCGCAGACAGACGCCACUUCAUAUUGCUGUCAAUAAAGGCCAUCUUCAGGUUGUGAAGACUUUAUUGGACUUUGGCUGUCAUCCCAGUCUCCAGGAUUCUGAAGGCGAUACCCCUCUUCAUGAUGCAAUCAGUAAGAAACGUGAUGAUAUCCUGGCAGUUCUUCUGGAAGCUGGAGCAGAUGUUACCAUCACAAAUAAUAAUGGAUUUAAUGCUCUACACCAUGCGGCACUCAGAGGAAAUCCCAGUGCAAUGCGUGUUUUACUGUCUAAAUUACCAAGACCUUGGAUUGUGGAUGAGAAGAAAGAUGAUGGGUAUACUGCCUUGCAUCUGGCUGCCCUUAAUAAUCACGUAGAAGUGGCUGAGCUGUUAGUACAUCAGGGUAAUGCAAACCUGGAUAUCCAGAAUGUUAAUCAGCAGACUGCCCUGCACCUUGCUGUUGAGCGCCAGCACACCCAGAUUGUCAGGCUUUUGGUCCGUGCAGGUGCUAAACUAGAUAUUCAAGAUAAGGAUGGGGAUACUCCUUUGCAUGAAGCUCUCAGACAUCACACUUUGUCUCAACUUCGUCAGCUCCAAGAUAUGCAAGAUGUGGGAAAGGUUGAUGCUGCCUGGGAGCCAUCCAAAAACACAUUGAUAAUGGGGCUUGGUACCCAGGGGGCAGAGAAGAAGAGUGCAGCAUCUAUUGCCUGUUUCUUGGCAGCCAAUGGCGCUGACCUUAGCAUUCGGAAUAAGAAGGGUCAGUCACCACUUGAUCUCUGUCCUGAUCCGAGUCUCUGCAAAGCACUGGCAAAAUGUCAUAAAGAAAAAGUCAGUGGUCAAGUAGGUUCUCGGAGCCCUUCUAUGAUUAGUAAUGAUUCUGAAACCUUGGAAGAGUGUGUGGUGUGCUCAGAUAUGAAGAGAGAUACUCUUUUUGGCCCAUGUGGUCAUAUUGCUACCUGUUCUUUAUGUUCUCCACGAGUCAAGAAAUGUCUCAUCUGUAAAGAACAAGUGCAGUCCAGGACAAAGAUUGAAGAAUGUGUGGUAUGCUCUGACAAGAAAGCAGCUGUUCUUUUUCAGCCUUGUGGACACAUGUGUGCUUGUGAGAACUGUGCCAGUCUGAUGAAAAAGUGUGUGCAGUGUCGGGCGGUCGUGGAACGGAGAGUGCCUUUCAUCAUGUGUUGUGGCGGGAAAAGUGCCGAAGACACCACUGAUGACAUCUCAGGUGGGAAUAUUCCAGUGUUACAGAAGGACAAGGAUAAUACCAAUGUCAACGCAGACGUGCAGAAGCUGCAGCAGCAGUUACAGGACAUUAAAGAGCAGACCAUGUGUCCUGUAUGUUUGGAUCGUCUGAAGAACAUGAUUUUCCUCUGUGGUCAUGGAACAUGCCAGCUCUGUGGAGACCGAAUGAGUGAAUGUCCUAUUUGUCGCAAGGCUAUUGAGCGGAGAAUUCUUUUGUAUUAACUAAGAAGCACAGUGUGUUUCGUUAGUGAAAGUAUUUGGUCAUGAGAUGUUAGUAAACUUUUAAGCCAGUUGGAGGUUCCAAUGAAUUAAUUUCUAAUUAUCAUAGUUUCUUCACUAGAGUGUAAUUAGGGUAAAUAUACGAGAACAUGAAAACCCUACAAAACAGUGUUUGAAACCAUGUUGUUGUUUGUUUUUCCUAAUUUGAAGCAUCCGAUCUGUGUUAAUUCAUAGGUAAUUCACUUUUAGCUUCUAAGGGUAAAAUUCUGUAACAAUCUCCUGUUAUUUUUUCUUUCCAUUGCAUUUCCUCUUACAGUUUAUAAAUUUAUUAGACCUCAAAAGACAUAAUUCCUUGUGAUCAGUUAUCCUUCAAUUUACCAUGAUUUUAUACAGUGAAUUGACAAAGGUAUUGAGAAAAGUCAUGCAUCAAAUUAAAGGGGCAAGUCAAACCAUUAGGUCCCCCUAUAUUAAAUGAUAAAAUUACAGUCCAGGUUUCACACAGUUAAUGGCAUAUUGAAGGGUGUAUUCUCUAUAAGAUAACAAUGUUUUCCAAACGAUUGUUUCUAAGUUUCUAGAGUAAACAGUAGCAUAGAAUGAGAGAAUAAUGACUUUGCAUUCAGCUUAUUUUCUAGAUUUAAGAGGAAAAUUGUUCAACUUGAAUCCGAUUGUCAGUUUCAAAAAGACCGAUAGACACAAAAAAGGCAAAAUAAGCAAUCACAGUGAAGACUUGAAAUCAAAAAAGUAUCCAGUGAAAGAGUACCUAUUAACUGACCACUAACAGUAGCUUUCUCAUAUUAACUGUCAGUGAAAAAGUAUACCUCAGUUUUCCACAAGGCUACCUAUCCAGGCUUGAUCUGACCAGUGCAAUGAUACUGCCCUAUUUGGGCCUCUGAGUUCCAUUCAGCUUUUCUGAUGUACCGAGUAGUUUAGUACCCCAUGAUUUGAGAAGGUUAACGCAUUGACCAAAGCAGCAAUCUUUUCGUCUCCAGACUCACUAAUUCUAACAGUGUUACCGAUUCUACCUUCAUCAUAGGCCUCAGUUAGUAGAACUUAAUAUAAAUAAAACAGUCCCUCUUUAUACCUACAGAUGAGGAUAUUGUCUGAACUGUCAACAAUAUCAAAAGCAUAAUAAAUAACCUAAUAAUAAAUACUUACUUUGGAAAGAGUGACCAGGAUAUUUACAGGAAUAUGUCUGAUUGCCUAUAGAUUUUUUUUUUUAAACGUAAGCUCUAACUGUAGAGCAUCUAAUCAUGUCCUCUUCUUUGAAUGAGUAAAAUCUUAACACGUCUAGGAUAAAUGAAAUGUGUUCAGAUUCAUUGCUGCUAGAUUAUAAAUGUAUUAGCUGUUUAUAGUAGUGUCUACUAUAUACUGUGCGUAAGCUUACUCUUAAGGAUAGGUAUCUUUUUUGUAGUUUUUUCCCCGCCUUUGACCCGACUAGCUUUUUUUACUUCAUUGUUUCUACUACAAGAACUAAAUUUGAAAGUAGAAAGUCUCCAGAUGUUAUAAUACCGUGUUUCUGGCUAUUUGAUUGCUGUUGCCUUAGGCAAGUACUGAUAAAAGCAAUGGUGAGCUUUGCUGUCUCAUUUUUUAGUCUCAGCGAUUCUGUAUCUUGUGUUUAGCUUUGUAACUGUUAUCAUUUAGAAUGGUAAAAUUUGAAAAUGUAUUUAGACUCUACUCAGUUGUCUAAUAAAGGGCCACUGAGGUUAUUUUUUGCACCAUAUUUUGAAGUUAUAAAACUGACCGAUGAUAUUCAUAGAAAGAAACAGACUAUCUUCUUGCAUAUUUGAAAACACCUUAAAUCAGGAUUUACCUUUUCCUCCAUGCCAUAGGCCAGCCAUCUCUUUUGCACUAGAUCAAGCAGUAAAGAAGGAGCACCUUGCAGACUUGGGAAUAGUUUGGCCAACCAGAGAGUUGAAUGAUCUGCAGCAAUACUUUACAAAUCCUUUUUAUUUAUCUUCUGGACUACAGUGCUAAAACUUAUAUCCUUGAAAGAUAAUUUUAUAUUCCAGACUAGUUUAAUUACCCCUCCAUAUUAAAAAUAUGAAAACGUACAAACAUCUAUUAUAAAAGUCAAAAAGUUACUAUAAUUUUAGUGCCAGGUACUUGUGGUUUUUCUGUAUUGUACCACUUGGAGGUUUGCUUUAUAAAUAGGAAAUAUUUCACCAUUCAUGUUUUCAAGCACCUGAUAAAUUAUUUAAAAAAUUUUGGGGGUUUGUGAAAGAGAAUAAAAUUAAGAACUUAAUCGUUCAAGUGACUUUCCUCCAACUCUGUGAAACUGCUCCCUCUCCCUGUGUCUCUGAGCUGUGCUUUCCCGAUUAGGGGAUUCCCUUCUCACUGUCGCCUCUUUAUCCCGUGCCUCAGAAGAAGUUUUAUUUUCCUAGAAUCAUCUUUUUAAAAUAACAGGCUUGCAUUCAUCCAAAAAAGUAUUUAUUGGGUAACCACUGUGCUUCAGGGGCUAGAUUCACAAAAUUUAAAAAAAGUGGUCAACAUCUUAGGCCAUACAGAAUUUCUUGUGCAACAGUUGUGUAUAUGAAGUAAUGUUUAGUCAAAAGGAAGGGACUCAAAGGUACUGAUAACAUUGCUUCCUCGUGUUUCAGAAGAGUUGCCAUUAAUGAAGUGGUAUUUGGGGUCUCUCUCUGUACUCCUUCACUCCUUUAAUCUUCUAGCUAGGAUUGUCUGUUUUGUUACUCAAAACACACAGUUUACCAGAUGGUGCUAUUCUGAUAGUUUUUGUUCACAUAAAUUAACAUUCUUCUCAUUGCUUAUACUGUAUACAUAUUUAAUUUUAUAGGAGCAUGAAGGUUUUUCAAGACAAGAUCAUUUUGUAUUAGUGUAGGAAUAUUACAUUAGACAUGUUCAUUCAGUUUAGCUGGCCGAAUUAAAUGCUUGAUUAAGAUAUUUGUAAUUUUAAACAUCACAAAUUGACCAGCUAGCUACUGGGGCAUAAAUUAAUUGGUAAACAAUGUUGGAAAUAACUUACUUAAAUUUCUGUCUUUGUUGACUUACAGCCUUUAACACCAUUUUAGCGUAUUGAAGUAAAUGCUGCUUACAAUUUGUCCGAUUCAGAUUUCUGUGUUUCAGAGCUUACUGGGUCAUUUUUACGUGGUAGAAACCUAUUGUGUAGUUAUGUGUUGUCCAAAUGCUGUUCUUUAUUUAUCUCAAAUCUGGACCCUUACUGGACUAGGAAGUAGUUAAACUUAUGAACCAAGAGAAGUAGGAGUGGGAUAGGAUAGGGAGGGCAGUGAGAUUGCAGGAAGUAGGAAAGAGAAAAAUCAGUGUUCGAGUGUAGAGAAAAAAAGAGGAUCAUGUAGUUUUCAUCAAAGCAAGAAGUUGAGUGUAUUUAAUCGAACAAUAAAAAGGGUAUAUCGACUUACCAGUUUUUAGAGUAGUUUAAUGGAUAAUUGCUUUGUAAAUCAUAGGCUUUAAUAGAGCUUGCUUUUUUUUUUUUUUUUAAAUCCAGAAGGAAAAGCACUUAUCUUCUGAGUGUCUAAAAUAUUUUAUAGUAAUAAUUUUGUAAAAAUCGAAUUUUGGAGUAGAAUUUUGACCAUAUAUAAAUCAAGAAACACCUGAAUUAUCUUAGUAGUUUGUGUUUGCAAGACCUAAACUCAUGGUAAACAUCAAGUUUCUAAAAUUUUGGGAUUACUGCAUUUCUUCUCUCCUUCCCCUUCGUUAAAGUAUUGAUAACAAUAAUAAUUGAGUAAGUUUUAAAUGUCUUUAAAUUGGAAGGGUUUGUUAUUUCAUCUUGAGCCAGGGAGGAGAAACAAAUUUUAAACAUUGGAAUUAGGGGCUCUGAAUUUGUACUAAAUUGAGACGGUAAUAGAUUUUCACAAAUUAUGUGUGCCUUGUUGUUAAAAAUGUCAGUUGUUUUCAGUCUACUUGUUCGAAAUAUUUUUUUUCUCUUAAAAAAAGCAAUCUAAUUUCAUUUGCUUGAAUGUUAUGAUAGGAAUGCUUACUGAUAUUACUUGAUAAUCAUAUAUAGACUUGGAACUUUAAGGUAUAUAUACACAUAUGUAACUAGCAGUAUUAAUAAUUACAGUUGUACUUCUUUAAAACAUUAAAUUUGAGGAAACUAUUAAAUUCUGUCUCGUGUACAUUGCUUUGUUACGGUGAGGGAAAACUUUAGAAUGAGCCUCAAUUUACUGAUAAAUUGUUAGUAGUGGAUGAAAAUACAUUGCAAAAAUCUGAACUAGAUAGUGAAGCUGAUGAAAUUGUAAGUUGCUACAUUGGCAUUUUCUACCUCCUUUUCUGUCGGAGUGUUACAUUUUGCAGCAUUUAUUCUUAUUCAUAAGUAGCAAAUGAGAACCUGAGGUUAAAAUUAAGGUUUUUGUUUUGAGAAUUUAAAUAGUAGGUACAGGGGAAGCGACUUGCUACAGCAAUUUGGUGCCUAAAUCCGUGACUACAAGUUACAAUUGACGUGUACAAAAUGUGUAAGAAAGACAGUACUGCUGAGUAUUUCACUUUUCCUGUACAGUCUACUUGAUUUUGUUUCAUAAACACGAUUUCUUUCCUCCAAAAAGCAAAAUGGUCUUGUAAUUUUUUAUAAAACAAACAAACGUGCCAUUUUGUCUGAGAUCUAUAAUUUCAGGAAGCUAUUGGAAGUUCUGACUCAGGGCUUUUUAACAGUUUAAGCAAUUGUUAAAUACACUUUGGAAAAAUCCAUCUAAAUAACUCUUCAGUGCCUUGAAAGAAUUAUUGACUUGGCAACAAGCAUUAACCCUUUACAGAAAGUGGUCUUCAGUGCGUGUGCGUCAUCAUACACAUUUAUAAGUCGUGUUGUUUGGCCCCUGUAAUCACGAUCCUGUAUGUGUGCUGGGUUUGGGUAAUUCUUUAAAGGAAAUUUUCUAGAUUUGCACUGGUAUUUGUUUUUAAAGACUGAUUAUUAAUGGCCAUGACACUGUUACCAGAAAAGUAAUUCUACGUUAAGUCAUUAUGCAAAGUAGUGUGAGUAGCAUCUGGGAAGAGGAGAUAGAGUUCAUACAGGUUGCUAGUUUAGUACGAUAGAAAGAUCUGUUUGGUAAACACAGAUUAUCCUCCCUUCAAAUGAAAAAAACACCCUUUUGUUCAAAUGAUUGUUUUUUUUAAAACCUUUUUAAAAGAAAAUUAUGAAUUGCAUGUCAUUCUUAAUGCUAGGCUUGCUUAGGCUGAAUCUACAAUAUUGAUUUUCUGCUAACUUCAGUAUGCUUGUGCCAUUCUAAAUGCAGUACAUUUGGUGAUAGAAAGCAGUUUUAUUGACUCAGAGCAGUGUUUUGCUUUGUGUUUUUUCCAGUGUUUUAAGCUUUUACUGUCAAUUAAAUUUAAAGUCUUGUUUGUGAGUAUAGUUUCUGUAUGACAAAUGAUUCUUGCUUGUUAGCCUUUGUUUAAAAAAAAAAAAAAA